AUGGCCGCUGCUAACAACAUGCACAACCUCACCACUCUCAUCAAGCGCGCUGACCUUGCCAACCUGUACACCAGGCUCGAAGCUGCCACCUCUCGUCUCGAAGACAUUGCGACAUCCACCGAACUCCCCAAGGAUGGCGCAACACCGAUGAACAGCGUCAAAGCCAGCUCAUCCCCAGCGCAGCUCCCACCUGCGCCCACCGAAGCUCCCAAGGCUGCCGACGAACCCCUACCCGCCGCCGUCGAGGACUACGAUGCCUUCCUCGAGGCCACGAUUGGCAAAUACGUCCAGAGCAGCAAUGAGCUGGGUGGGCUCGUGGCCAAGCAGACCGCCUCGGUCGCCAAGGCGUUCCAUGAGCAGCGUAAGCUCCUCCUCAUCGCCAGCAAGGCCAAGAAGCCUGACGACGCCACCCUCGGAAAGCUGGUCGAGCCGAUGAACGGCCCCGCCAUGGAGGCCAUGAACAUCAAGGAGGAGAAUCGGGGAAGCGACCAGGCGAACCACUUGAGCGCUGUCGCGGACGGCAUCAUGCUCCUGGGCUGGGUCUUCGUCCCGAACCGACCCUUCAAGCACGUGGAUGAGUUCUUGGGAUCCGCCCAGUUCUGGGGGAACAAGGUCCUGAAGCAGUACAAGGAAACGGAUCCCAAGCACGUGGAAUGGGUGCAGGCAUUCUACGGCAUCUUCAAGAACCUCUCGGAAUUGAUCAAGGACCGCUACCCGAACGGACUCACGUGGAAUGCAAAUGGAGAGUCUGCCGUCGAGGUCGCCAAGUCGCUGGACUCCAAGGCCACACCAGCAGCGCCUGCUCCGGCUGCUGGUGGUGCGCCGCCGCCUCCGCCUCCUCCCCCGCCCCCUGGCCCUCCCCCAACUAUCGAUGUCAAGACCGAGCCUGCGGCACCGGCCGCCCCCUCGGGUGGUUCUGGGUUCGGGGCCGUCUUCUCGGAGCUCAACAAGGGCGAGUCCGUCACUAAGGGCCUGCGCAAGGUCGACAAGUCCGAGAUGACCCACAAGAACCCAUCGCUCCGUACCUCGUCAACGGUCGGGGAUGGCAGCUCGGCGUCGCGUGCUAAGAGCCCGGCGCCGGGAAAGAAGCCCAAGCCCCAGAGCAUGAGGGUGAAGAAGCCCGCCAAGAAGGAGCUUGAGGGCAACAAGUGGACGAUUGAAAACUACGAAAAGGAGGCCGAGCCCGUCACCAUUGACGCCGCCUUGUCCCACUCUGUCCUGAUCAGCCGUUGUAACAACACGACGAUUAUUGUCAAGGGCAAGGCCAACCAGGUCACCGUCGAGAACUCGUCGAGGCUCUCCUUGGUGGUGGACACGCUCGUCUCCACCGUCGACGUGGUCAAGGCCCCCAACUUUGCCCUGCAAGUCCUGGGCACCAUCCCUACGGUGAUGCUGGAUCAGGUGGACGGUGCGUCCGUCUACCUGAGCAAGGAAAGUAUCGCCACCAAGAUCUUCUCCAGCAAGUCGGACAGCAUCAACCUCAAUAUCAUUGAGGGCGAGGAUGACUACAAGGAAGUGCCACUGCCGUCGCAGUUGUGCUCGUACUACGAUGAGUCCAAGCGCCAGCUGGUCAACGAGAUUGUGGACCACGCCGGUUAG